AAACGGGCGAUGCACUCCUACCCGGAAGUGGGGCGGAAGUGGGGCAGCGUCUUGUGAUGCCAGUAGUCAGCAGAUCUAUUACGUGAGCUGUAGGUCCGGUUGUGAUGAUGGCUCGGUACUGGGCACUCCUGGGGAUCGCGUUGGUUCUGCUGGCGGUGGCUGUGCAGGGAGGGGCUGGGGAUAAGGAUACUGGGAGCUCGGUGGACGCCCGGUGCAAGUGUAUUUGCCCCCCCUACAAGGAUAAGAAAGGGAACAUCUUCAACAAGAACGUGACCCAAAAAGACUGCGACUGUCUCCAUGUGGUGGACCCUAUGCCAGUCCCGGGGGCCGACGUCGAGGCCUACUGUCUGCGCUGUGAGUGUAAAUACGAAGAGAGAAGUUCUUCCACCAUCAAGGUGACCAUUAUAAUCUACCUGUCCGUGUUGGGGAUGCUCCUCCUCUACAUGUUCUACCUGACCAUAGUGGAGCCCAUGUUGAAGAGGAAGCUCUUUGGUCAUUCUCAGCUCAUACAGAGUGAAGAUGAAGUUGGGGAUCACCAGCCUUUCGCCAAUGCCCACGACGUGCUGGCGCGCUCCCGGAGCCGGGCCAACGUGCUGAACAAGGUGGAAUACGCGCAGCAGCGCUGGAAGCUACAGGUGCAGGAGCAGCGCAAGUCCGUCUUCGACCGCCACGUCGUGCUCAGUUAAUGGCGUCCGACCCCGGGAACCCAGCUCCUGCCGUCCCUCCUUCCAUUCCUUCUACCCCAUUAAUGGGUUUCUGUGCAGAGCCGGGCGUGGGCGCCCCCCGGUGGGCAAAGUGAUACAUAAUGUGACUGAAUGAAGAUUCUGUGGGUGGGAAGAUCUCUGUAAAUAUUUCCUUAUGUUAUUGAUAAAGUCAUUAAAUUAUUCCUGAAGCUCCUCCCCCCCAUCUCCCAUUGGGCGCAGCGGUGGCUUAAUGAUUCCCGUGCGUCACUAAUCAAUAUCACACGCUGGUUCUGUUGCUAAUUAGUGCCGCUGCUCGUUUGCCGGGGGGUUGGGUGCCCUUUGAUGUUGCUAAUUGCUGCCCAGCUGAUGUCUCAGUGUAAAUGACACGGUAUUGGCGCUGCCCGGGCCGGAGUCGGGGGCCAGUGUUACUGACGCGCAGUGGGGGCAGGGGAAUAACUCAUGGGGGUCAUUCACUACACUCAGUAUUAAAUCCCAUUGCAAAUGACUAGUUUCCCUAAAGGGUAAGUUCGCUUGGCAUGAACCUAGGUCCAUUUUCUUAACCUGUUGUGUAAGUGAAUUCAUUUUAACCCCGUGUGUGCGGGGACCAUAGCGGGGGGUCCCUUGGUGAGGGGCAGGGCCCCUGCUCCCCCCAGUCCGACCCCAGUCAGGGGCUUUGUCACUCUCUCCCUAUAGGGCACCAGCACCAUGUGGGGAAAUCCGGCUCCUGUUAUUGGAUGAACUGCUCAGUUUAAUGGUUCUUUGGUGUCUGCAGUUGGUUUUGGUUUGGUUUUGGUCAGUAUAUUAUUAUGGGCUGUUUCCUCCCUUUUAUUCCCUGUAAAUCUCUGCCCCUGUUCCCUCCUUUUGCUUGGACUGAUUGCACCCUCUCUCCCCUAUCCCAGAAUGCAUUCCUCUGCCUUGUCUACUGCACUCUUAUCCUUCUCAGACUGUAUCCCGUCCCUUGGCUCCUAACCCCACCCCUUCCCUCAGACUGUAUCCCUCCCCCUUGGCUCUUUACCCCACCCCUUCCCUCAGACUGUAUCCCUCCCCCUUGGCUCUUUAUCCCUCCCCCUUGGCUCUUUACCCCACCCCUUCCCUCAGACUGUAUCCCUCCCCCUUGGCUCUUUAUCCCUCCCCCUUGGCUCUUUACCCCACCCCUUCCCUCAGACUGUAUCCCUCCCCCUUGGCUCUUUAUCCCUCCCCCUUGGCUCUUUACCCCACCCCUUCCCUCAGACUGUAUCCCUCCCCCUUGGCUCUUUAUCCCUCCCCCUUGGCUCUUUACCCCACCCCUUCCCUCAGACUGUAUCCCUCCCCCUUGGCUCUUUAUCCCUCCCCCUUGGCUCUUUACCCCACCCCUUCCCUCAGACUGUAUCCCUCCCCCUUGGCUCUUUAUCCUGCCCCUUCCCUCAGACUGUAUCCCUCCCCCUUGGCUCUUUAUCCCUCCCCCUUGGCUCUUUAUCCCGCCCAUUCCCUCAGACUGUAUCCCUCCCCCUUGGCUCUUUAUCCCGCCCUUUGGCUCCUAACCCCGCCCUUUCCCUCAGACUGUAUCCCUCCCCCUUGGCUCUUAACCCCGCCCUUUCCCUCAGACUGUAUCCCUCCCCCUUGGCUCCUAACCCCGCCCUUUCCCUCAGACUGUAUCCCUCCCCCUUGGCUCCUAACCACGCCCCUUGCAUCACACUGCACACAAUCAUGUUAUUUUAACUGGAAACGACUUAUUACAUGAUCAUGAUUAUUUUUUUCAUUGUCAGAUACUGAAUAAUAAAUCUUUACGUUACACCUGUC